CUGACGUAGUCAUGGACAAGUUGAUACCAGAUGAAGUGUACCAGAAACUGACGACGAAGCCCCUCCCGUUUGGCUACGUGGAGCAUGAAGGCAUCACACUUUACGAGGAAGGAGAUGAUGUGGUCAAGGCACUGAAGACAUUUAAAGUCAGAGAUGACGAUAGCUGGAUCGUGACCUAUCCCAAAGCAGGAACAACUUGGGUGCAGGAGAUCAUGUCGUGCGUGAUGCAUGACGGGAACUUGGAGGAAGUCAACAAGCGACAUACUGCGUCCCCGAUGCCGUUCAUAGAGUUUAAUUUGCCAAAGACUAUUCGGCAACUAAAUAGGCUACCACUGACCUACCAGGUGGUUGAGCUGAUUCAAUCUCCCCGCGUCAUCAAGUCCCAUCUCCCCGGUCAGUUGCUGCCCCCUAACAUCUGGGACAAGUCCAAGGUCGUCUACGUCAUCCGUAACCCAAAAGACGUGAUGGUGUCGUACUUCUACUUCCUCAAGCGAGUCAGUCCUACCGGCAGGAGCGGCCAGACAUUCAGCGAGUAUUUCGACGAAAUGAUGUCAGGAAAAAUUCUUUACGGUCCAUGGUGGGAUCACUACCUGUUCUUCUGGAAAUUGAGACACCAUCCAAACGUCCUCCUGCUGAGAUUUGAAGACCUGAAAAGGGAUCUAAGGGGCAAUGUUGAAAGGGUCAGCAAGUUCCUGGGCAAGGACCUGCCCGCCGAGACACUGGACGCCAUCACCGACCACUGCACCUUCGCCAACAUGAAGAAGAACCCCAUGGCCAACCCGGACUCCAUCUUAGCACCACCGGAACAGGCCGCCGACACCGCUCCGCGGGAAGGGUCCUUCAUGGGAAAAGGUAGACAUCCUCAUCGGUUGAAGCAGGCCGCCGACACCGCCCCGCAGGAAGGGUCCUUCAUGAGAAAAGGCAAAGUUGGAGAUUGGAAGUCUCACUUCACUGUGGCUCAGAACGAGGCUAUGGACGCCCUCAUUCGAGACAAGUGUUACGGGACCGGAUUGACGUUCGACCAAUAGCCAUCCGCAAGUUGUGGAA